CUAUUGGGUUCAGAUCUGGUGACUGGCUAGGCCACUCCAGGACCUUAAGAUGCUUCUUACGGAGCCACUCUUUAGUUGCCUUGGCUGUGUGCUUUGGGUCGUUGUCAUGCUGGAUGACCCAGCCACGACCCAUCUUCAGGGCUCUCACUGAAGGAAGGAGGUUGUCAGGCAAGAUCUGGCGAUACAUAGCCCCAUCCAUCCUCCCCUCAAUACGGUGCAGUCGUCCUUUACCCUUGGCAGAGAAGCAGCCCCAAAAAAUGAUGUUUCCUCCUCCAUGUUUCCCGGUUGGGAUGGUGUUCUUGGGGUUGUACUCAUCCUUCUUUUUCCUCCAAACACGACGAGCUGAGUUUAGACCAAAAAGUUCCAUUUUGGUCUCAUCCGACCACAUGACCUUCUCCCAUUGCUCCUCUGGAUCAUCCAGAUGGUCAGUGGCAAACUUCAGAUGUGUCUGGACAUGCAUUGGCUUCAGCAGCAGGACCUUGCGUGCACUGUAGGAUUUUAAUCCAUGACGGCGUAAUGUGUUUCCGAUGGUUUUCUUCGAGACUGUGGUUCCAGCUCUCUUCAGGUCAUUGACCAGGUCCUGCCGUGUAAUUCUGGGCUGAUCCCUCACCUUCCUCAUGAUCAGUGAUGCCCCACGAGGUGAGAUCUUGCAUGGAGCCCCACAACGAGGCAGAUUGACCGUCAGCUUGAACUUCUUCCAUUUUCUAAUAAUCGCUCCAACAGUUGUUACCUUCUCACCAAGCUGCUUACUUAUUUUCCUGUAGCCCAUCCCAGCCUUGUGCAGGUCUAUUAUUUUAUCCCUGAUGUCCUUACACGGCUCUUUGGUCUUGGCCAUUGUGAAGAGGUUGGAGUUUGUUUGUUUGAGCAUGUGAACAGGUGUCUUUUAUACAGGUAACAAGUUCAAACAGGUGCAGUACUUCCGGUAAUGAGUGGAGAACAGGAGGGGUUCUUGAAAAAGAACUAAGAGCCGAAAUAUUUACUAGUUGGUAAUGUACCAAAUACUUAUUUCAUGCAGUUAAAUACAAAUGUAUUAUUUAAAAAUGAUUCAAUGUGAUUUUCUGGCUUGUUGUAUUAGAUUCCGUCCCUCACAGUUGAAGAGAACUUAUGAUACAAAUUACAGACCUCUACAUGGCUUGCAAGUGGAAAAACCAGCAAAAUCGGCAGUGUAUCAAAUACUUGUUCUCCCAACUUUACAUUCGUUCAUUCGCUGCCAUCCCUCCCACUUCAAACGGAUUGAACAUCCACUAGUGAUAAACUCUUUCCAAUUCACAGCAGAAGAUUGUUUUUCUGUUUAUUAGUUGUUUGUGAAAUACCCUAGAAUGAUUUCCUGACCAACGUAUCGAUAAAUGUUGUAUCGCCGUAUCGUCAGAUCAUUGUUAUCGUGAGCUCUGUAUCGCACAUCGUAUCUCAUCGUGAGGUACCAAGAGGUUCCUACUCCUAACGACCAACUUUACCCACUCUCUGCUUUCCAUCUUUUCAAUCAACAGAUUUACAAAUGAAAGGAGAAAUUUUUACGAUUUGACCUCCAUUUUUAAAAUCUGUUUUGACAGGAACAAAACAAAACGAAAAAUGUAGCAUAUCUUCCAGGCCUGUAGAUGGUGGUAACACUUCAAAGUGUCUCCAGGAAAACGAGACCUCAACAGGAAGUAAUACCAAACAAUGUAAUUUUUCAAAGAAUGUAAUUUCAACACAAAACCUUAUAGCUAUCGUAUCCAAGUACCUACGUUGAAAAGCAAUAAUGUUAAAUGGCGGUGAGAUGUGGAGAGGUGAUGGGAACGAGAGGGAAUCAAAGGAACACGUAGCACUGAACUGGAAUCAUCAACCGAACGACACCCCUUCGCGUAGGUUCCUGAAGCUAGAACUGGAGCUCAACGUGCACCUUCGUGGGCUCAGCUUCGGAGAACCCGUCCGGUAUGUGUACAACCCAUUGGAGUAUGCGUGGGAGACACAUAGCUGCUACGUUGAGAAGUAUUGCCAGGCGGGCCAGCACUUCCUGUUUUUGGGCAUGAAUCCUGGACCAUUUGGCAUGGCCCAGACGGGGGUGCCCUUUGGGGAAGUCAAGUCUGUAGUUGACUGGCUGAGGAUCACAGGGACAGUUGGUCGCCCUGAGAACGAGCAUCCAAAGCGCCGCAUCAGUGGUCUGGCCUGCACCCAGAGUGAAGUGAGCGGCGCUCGCUUCUGGGGUUUCUUCAGAAAAUUGUGUAGCGAACCGGCAGUGUUCUUCCGCCACUGUUUCGUGCACAACCUUUGCCCGCUUAUUUUCAUGAGCAGCAGCGGGAAGAACCUGACCCCACCUGAGCUCAAUGCCUGUGAGCGUGAGAAGCUCCUACGCUUGUGUGACAUUGCCCUGUGUCAGAUUGUAGAGGCCCUGGGUGUCUCCAUGGUGAUCGGUGUGGGCAAGGUGGCGGAGCAGCGGGCGCGUCGCGCUUUUUCUGCAGCUGGAAUGGACGUGCGAGUGGAGGGAAUCAUGCAUCCUUCUCCCAGGAACCCUCAGGCCAAUAAGGGCUGGGAAACUGUGGCUAAAGCUAAGCUAGAACAACUGGGUGUCCUCUCGCUGCUUCGUAACAACACGUUGCCAGAAUCGUCUCACACUCAAGGGACCUCAUGACAGGAAAAUCCAUUUAGACGACAAGCUGUUCACGCUCACCUUCACAUUAUCGACAAUGUGAAGUCUUGAUUUAACCAAACAUGAUGUUUGUUUGUUUGUUUGUUUGUUUUUAACGAAGAAGUAAGCUGCAGUACUCUGACCUCUGAUAUUCACUCCCACUCCGUGUUGCCCUAUAUCACGCAUCUUAACUCACAAAUGGGGCAAUUUACAAGUUUCCUGAGUUUUUCCAUAGAGGUGUGAGCCAGAAUUUAAGGUAUGUGCAUUUGCAAAAGCUUUGAUGCCACAACAGCGUUCAUUAUCCUGAGUUUGACUUGGAAUUUGUGAUACAAAUACAAUAAAUUACAAUCUCAGCCAGACAGCAAAAUGAAUUAAGUCCAGGAAUUUGUACCUUUUUAUUUAUGUCUUGAAUAAUUUUAAACAAUUUAUUCUAUUGUUGUUUCACUCAUGUACACGGAGUGUACACGACUAGAUGCUUUGGGUGGUUGAAUGGUUUUCUACUGAAUGUUUCUACAUGCUGUAUUUUUUUGGUGUUGUUAUAUAUUUGAUGCCAUAUGCAUAGCAUAUUUACUACCUCUGUACUUUUUGUAUUUGUUAUAAAUGUUAUGGUUAUUGUAUCCUGUAGGUUAUGACCUUUACAACAGACCAGGUUUUUCAUUGGUGUCUUAAUGCCAUGUGGGUAAAUCCUACAUUAAUGUUACAAAAAAAUUGUUCAACUUCAUUUACAUGUAGAUGAAACCAGCUGUAAUAAAUAAA